AUGGCCGACAAACGCAGGAGGAAAAGCCUCAGCAUUUUCCGCCAGAAGAUGGACGCAAUUCCGCCCAUACAAAUACCCGGGAGUCCGACAGCAAAACUUUCGAGCGAUUCGCAUCUUGCCAGUCCCAUCUCCUUGGAUCAGCCGAGCCCCAAGGCCCGCCCUAAGACUUUGCAGAAGGGCAGUCGGACUUCUGUCUUCGGAUCUCUACGGUCAUUACACUCCCUCGAUGAAGAUGAGAAGGCCGCCUUGACCAGAUCGGACUCCAAAGCCUCAUCCCUUUACGAAGACGGUGAAAUGAAUAUCAGGGGACUCUUGGGCGAUCGGGUGCUGCAGUAUGGCGAGGUUCAAGCUGCAGGCACCAACGUCUUCAGGAAGCGGACCCAGUUCAUGGUUUUGACCGAAUCACACCUGGUCCGCUUCAGAAGCCAGUCCAAAGCUGUUGAGAUGUUCCCCAGCAUUCCUACCAGUGUUGGCAAGGGGCACACUCCGCGCACAUCCUCGGUCGGCUCGUACUCGGAGCUCCAGAUGGUGGCGUAUUCGGAUAUCACUUCGGGCAUCCCUCUCGACCAAGUCAUCGCCGUAUACAAGAUCGAUGACAGUCGGCCUUUCGUUACUGUUGAAGUCGCUUACCUCGACGAACGAACGAGAAGGGCGUCCGUGAUGCAGUUGCAACUGGCUGAGUUUCGAGAAGCACAUUUAUGGACCGUUGCCAUCCGUAUGGCUGCCCGUCAGGCAAGGUCUCUGCUGUCCCAGCAAAUACCGGAUUCAACCUUGGAGCACCUUGCUCGAGUUCUUGAACGGGAGAGGGACUAUGAUCCCCAACAUUUUCACGUCUUCAAGGUUGUGCAGCGGUCGGCGAACAGAUCUGUAGGCAGAGCAUCCAGUGAAGACCUGACUAGGUUUGGUUCCGGAAUUUACUACCUUGUCAUUGGUCUUUACAAAGUUCAUUUGGUGCCUUUACAACGCAGUUCGACGCGGUCAUCAAGCACCUCCCUCACUGAGAUCGAGGCAAUGACCUCUUUCGCCAUUGUCGGACUGAGUUCGGUAAAGGUCCUGGCAGAAGAAGACGCCUUCCAGCUGGUGUUCAAACCGCCUAUGGGCAAACCAUACACCGCUCAGCUUGCUUCCUUUGCCGCCGGAGAGAUUGCGCUUUGGCUGCGAUACGCCUCUGAGUAUCUGCGACCCGAAUGGCUUAGAGUCCCCUUUGCCUUCGAUGUUCCCGGAGAGCUCGAAGAUCAGAUGGAUCCUCCGGAUUUUCCCAAGGAAGAUCAUGACUGCUUCGAUCGUACACUCAUUGCAUAUUGUGCAGGUUAUGAUGUGAAUACUUCGCGGAUCUGCUAUUCGGUGGAUUACCAUUGCGAGGAUGCCCCUCGCUUUCAACUCCUUCCCUCCUCGACCGGGGUCCCAUAUUCAUCGUUGGAACUUCUCGCCGUGUUUCGAGCCCUUCGCUACAACGAGUCGUUCACUUCGAUAUCGUUUGCGCGGAUUGAUCUGAGCCCACUCCGGCACUUAUACGACGCCUUCAGCUCAGACACGGACGGAUUAUUCACACGAUCUGGAAACCCAACAAAUAUAGCUGGCCACCAGGACUUACACGUUCUAGGGCAGGAGAUCCGAGCAUUGGCACUGAAGAGUCGUAGACUAAGACGGCUCGACUUUUCUUACACUCUCCCUCAGAGGGUGCUGGCAGAGGACGAACAGCCUAUAGACUGUGGCAUUCUCGAGGCACUGGCACCGUUGUGCAAGAAAUCCCUGACUAAUGUCGAUUGGAUCGUGCUCACUGGACUGCGGCUGGCGGAUUCCGACCUAAACUACCUGGUCGAUGCUGCUUCCGAGCGGAAAUGCCAUCUUCGCGCCCUUGAAAUCGGCGAAUGCGGCCUGUCAGUGCACGACAUUGAUGUCAUUCUGUCUGCUCUCGCCGUGCAAGAGAGUACAGUAGAGGUCGUGGACAUAUCUGGGGCGCAGGGCCGGUUCAGUCCCGAACUGUUCCAACGAGUCAUUGGUGCUUUCACGCGAAUUCGGCGAUUGAAUCUCACCCGGGUCCAGAAGACGGCCGGUCCGGAACCACUGGUGGCCCCCGAUGCGUUAUUUUCCUGGAAACUUGAAGCGCUUCACCUGUCUCAGACGACUCUCAACGAACAGACAGUGGAAUCGAUCUCAAUGUAUCUUGCUAGCCCGAAAUCCGAUAUCCUCCGAGAGGUCCAUGUCAACCAAUGUGGCCUCACUGGACGCGAUCUUGCAACCUUCUUUCAAUCUAUGGUACGGCCAGACGGGCAGCCGCGGGUGAUGCAUGUGAGUGCCAACGAGAAUCGGCUGAAGUCAGGGAACACGGCGCUGUUCAAGACCAUUGCCCAGAGCUUCGGGCCGACAUCGUUGAGCAUGCGGAUGAUGGACUUUGACAAGGAGAGCCAUUUUCGAGAAAUGAUCAAGGCCCUGACGGCCAACACUACUUUGCGCAGCCUAGAUAUCUCUGGUGCUUCAUUGCCGUACGAUGCCAGUGUAGAGACGUGCGAGGCGCUGAAGGAGAUGUUUGCCACCAACCAGACACUGCAGGAGUUCGACAUCAGCGGGGAGCAUGUGCACCUAGAUGCGACUCGGUUUGGAAUCGGACUCAACCUCGCGUUGCGGGGCUUGGAAACCAACAAAACACUGAGAAUACUCCGGAUUGAGUAUCAGGGCCUAGGAUUGCAGGGUGCAAACACAUUGGCGGAGGUCCUCGAGAAGAACGACACGCUAUUGGAGAUUCAUUGCGAUCACAACGACAUCAAUCUACAGAGCUUUACCGCGCUGGUGGACGCACUGGAGAGGAACCACUCCCUGCUUUACAUGCCGACUAUGGACCAUGACCGAGCCAAAUCUUUGGAGAAGGUGCAUCGAGAAUUUGAGACGAUGGAACACGUCGAAAGCCCCAAAUCUUCCAAAAGUGGCGCGACUAUCAAAAAGACCCUCACCGGGGCGUUGACCGGUAAAGCGCAUCGACAUGGACACGGACACGGACACGGACACGGACAUCGACAUCGACACAGCAAUUCCCAGUCGUCAACGGCAUCGUUCACCGAUCAUGAUGUGUCAGCCGUAAUCCGAACGCUGGACGACAAGUGGAACGUGCAGGUUGCAAGGAUGGAAAAGUACUUGUUUCGCAAUUAUUGUCUUUCACAAGGCGUCCCGUGGCAAGAUGAGGCAGCUGGAGGAGAAAACGGAAACCUUGCGACGACGGCCUGUGGGGACUCAAUGGCGCAGCUACUGCAGCAUGUGCAGCUUGAUAAGACUCCGACAGGGGAUAAUCCGACGUCGUUGGACUACUUGGAUGAAAAGCUAGGAGAUGCCGGCCAGAGGGUGUUUCAGAUGCCCGAGGACUGA